AUGCCUACCAACCAGACGCAAAAAGAAGAGAAGCCAGCAUUGCCAGUCAAGGUCGAUGUUCUCAUCGUGGGUUCGGGGCCUAUCGGCGCCGUCUUUGCCCGUGAGCUCGUGAAUGCUCAGUUAAAAAACAGGGAAGAUUUACAGAUUCUCAUGGUCGAUGUUGGACCACAUGUUGUCAAGGGCCAAUUGCAGCAUCUAUCGGUUCCCACCGGAGAUAUUGCCACCCAGUAUAUCAGAAAUGGCCAAAACCCGGCGCAAAAAGCAAAUGAAAAUCUUGCCGAGGCCGCUGCAAGCCGUGUUGUGGGCGGCAUGGGAUCGCACUGGACAUGCUGCACGCCAAGGCAGCAUCUAGACGAGCAGCAGCCAGGUUUCACGGAGGUCUAUAAAAAUUAUGAUCGUGCCGAGCAUCUUUUCAACACUACAACAACAGCAUUUGAUCACUCGGUUCGGCAGCACCUCAUUAUGCAUACCCUGGAGAAGGCUUUUAAUGAUCGUCCCAUCAAGGCCAUGCCCCUUGCAUGCCGUCGGAAUAAGAGCCCGGACAAUACAAACUACGUCGAGUGGACGUGCCCAGCGACGAUCCUUGAUUCCGGCGUGCGCGGACAUCGGGAAAAGUUGUCAGAUCCCAAGUAUAGCAAAGUGCCGCCGACACGGGCCUGGGAGCGUGACCCAAUAACUUUGAAUGACAAGUUUGAGGUGUGGCCAAAUACUCAAUGUGUCAAACUGAACCUGGCUGAAGACAAGGACAAAAAUGUCAAAGUCGUCAGUGCCAGUCUGAAGCAUUUACUUACAAACGCCGUGUACAAUGUUACAGCGGACAAAUUUGUCAUCUGUGCCGGCGCUGUCCUUACACCAGGCAUCCUUUGGAAUUCAGGCUUUACAACUGACGACAAGAAGCCCUCAUAUUAUGUGAAAGAAUUGGGCAAGAACUUGACGGAGCAAACCAUGGCUUUCUGCCAGGUCGAGUUGUGGAAGGAGCAUGUCGAAAAUGUCAUGACUCAACCCCCUGUGGUUGAUGAGAAGCCUUUUGACCCCAAGAAUCCUACACGCCGUCCGGUAAAAGAUACCAAUAUCACCAACAAGCCAAGAAAAGAGGACCUCCCGAAAGUCUGGGGCGACUUCUGGAAUACAACCGCGCCCAAGUAUUGGAUUGAAAGAGAGAAAGCAGAGAAAAGAGACGAACAGCAAGCCAAUGCUUCGUGGGUGGCGCUCAGGACCGAGUUGAAAGACAAGGUCGCCAAACAUGUCAAGACUUUCCAACUCGACCCGCUGCCCUUUCCUGCCGACGACCCAGACCCCCAAUGCUACUAUUCGUAUGUAUUUACGGACACGAAGAGCAAGACUAACAAGCGCUGGCACACUCAGAUUCACCGGGAUGCUUUUGGCUACGGCCAAGUCCCUGCAGACAUUGACCAGCGCAGAGUCGUAGACCUGCGUUGGUUCGGGUAUACCGAAGAAAACGGCCACAACUGCGUCGAGUUCUCAACCAAUAAUCGGGACGAGUUUGGAAUGCCGCAGCCAACAUUCCACUUUACAGAGGACAAGAGCCAGCGACAGGCGGACAUGCGGGCGGACAUGGUAACGGUGGCCAAUAGACUUGGCGCCAUAAUCAGCAAGGAAGACGUGCAUAAGAACAUGCCCCAAGGGUCCGCCCUGCAUAUCUGCGGCACAUACAAGGCUGGCAUCGGUGACAAGGCCGACGAGAGGAGCGUGGUCAAUCAGUAUGGCCAAAUGUGGAAGCAUCCAAACGUGGUGCUCGGAGGGUGUGGUGUCAUUCCCAAGGCGAAUGCUUGCAAUCCUACCCUUACCGCUGCUUGUUUUGCCAUUCACGCAGUCAAGAAAAUGGUCGAAGACCUUGAUAAGUAG